AUGGCGUUAAAUUUGUUUAUGGAUCAUGCGAAUGGUUUUGAAGAUUGGAACAUCCUCGACCAAGAUUCGCUUUAUUUUAACGAGAGAAAUGUCAGAAAUUUUGAACCGUCUUUGCAAAGAAUGACACAAGUCAAAAGCGGAAUGAAUGAAUUUAUCAAUAAUUUAACUGGGCAAAAUUUGCAAGAUGUAAUCGAUGAAGUGUCUCCUUGGAGGUACCGAAUUUUAAAGAAUCUUUUUCCGUCUAUUAAACGAAGACAUUCACGCUUAGAACUUCGUGAGUCAGAAUUGCAUGGUUCACAAUUGCGUAAGUCAAAAUUGUGCAAUAAAUUUAUUUCUUCCUUUUGGUGCUGGCAAUUAUUGACAAAACCUUUAGACGGGUACUUUUAUAACAUGAAAAUUGAAAGAAAGAUCAUUAAUCAAGGAGACAAUCCGGUAAAUAUUGUCUGCGCUGCAGCAGAAGAAAAUUAUUUCGCCAUAUGCACUGCGGAAACGGUAUUUAUUUAUCGAAUUGAUAAUAUUAAAUCGCCAAUUUAUCAGACUGAUUUUGGUCUGGGGUCUACUAAUAAAUCAAUUCAUUUUUAUCAAAAUGAAUCAGGUCAUUUAAUCGCCAUUGUACGUUUGCUAAAUAAUCGUUUGCGAUUUAUUGAUGUCAAAUAUAGGAAAAAACUUAUCUAUCCGGCUUUUGAGACGAUUGAUUUCAAUACUAUCUGUGUUGGCACUCACCAUAAAUUUUUUACUGAAAGAGAAAGAAUAAUAACGGAGUAUGAACUCAAAUCAACAACCAAUACUUCCAAUCUUAAUGCAGUUGAUGCUAAAACUUGUAAAUCAUUUUCAAAAAAUCCUAAUUGUACUAUAGCUUACAUGUCUUCAGAAAAUGAUAAGUUAUUCGUAGUUGGUGAGGUAGGUAAUAUGGGAUACGUAGUAAUGACAUUGACCACUCCAUUAUCGGAGCAAUUGCAAUUUGACCACAUACCUAUAGUGAGGAUAGAUCUUAUGAAGAAUGCCAGAGAUCAAAUCGCUGGAAUUCUUGUACCAGUUAAAAAUAUAAUAAUGAGCAACGCUGGUAAUGGUCUAUUAAAAUUCGGCCAGUGGUCAGAUAACGAAAGAAGAAUGGGAAACCCUGUGACCUUAAAACGCCACACUACUUACGAUAAUAUCAAUAAAGUAACAGCAUAUACCAUUCAUGCAAACAUUUUAUUCAUCGGUUAUGAAAAUGGAUUUUUGCAAAUAUUUCGUAUUAAUAAAAAAGAAGGCACAACAAAUCUUGAUGACGAUGAAUCAAAAUCAAUAAAAUUAUCCCAGGAUCAUCAGCCUAUCACCUCUAUUUGCGUCAGUGAAUUCAAAGACACUUUAUUCAUCGUUGCGACAACAGCAAGGCAUUUUUAUCCUGUCAAAUUUAUUUUUUGA